CCGAAUCCCUAAAGUAAUAAUAAAAAUAAAAAUAAUAUCUUACAGAACGAAGGCCGACUCUCUCCCUUUCCUCCGACGAUGCCAGUCGGCGAGCUUCGAGUUUCAUCUCAGCCUCUGGCGACGGAGCCUCCUCCGAAUAACGAUGAGACGUGGGUGUGGGCGCAGAUUAAAGCGGAGGCGCGACGAGACGCGGAAUCGGAGCCGGCGUUAGCCAGCUAUCUUUACUCAACGAUUUUGUCCCAUUCAUCUCUUGAGAGGUCGCUCUCGUUUCAUUUGGGGAACAAACUUUGCUCCUCCACGCUUCUUUCCACCCUCCUCUACGAUCUUUUCCUCCACGCUUUCUCCACUGAUUAUAGUCUACGAUCCGCCGCCGUAGCUGAUCUGCGGGCCGCUCGAGAACGUGACCCGGCCUGUGUCUCAUUCUCCCACUGCCUCCUCAAUUACAAGGGCUUCUUAGCCUGCCAGGCUCAUCGUGUGGCUCACAAGCUGUGGACUCAAUCGCGCAGGCCACUAGCUCUGGCACUUCAAUCUCGCAUUGCUGAUGUCUUUGCGGUCGACAUUCACCCAGCCGCAAGGAUUGGCAAAGGCAUUCUGUUCGAUCAUGCUACCGGGGUAGUGGUGGGCGAGACAGCGGUGAUAGGCAACAAUGUAUCAAUCCUUCAUCACGUCACUCUUGGAGGGACGGGAAAGGCGUGCGGAGACAGGCACCCAAAGAUCGGUGAUGGGGUUUUAAUUGGCGCUGGAGCCACCAUUCUUGGCAAUGUCAAGAUCGGGGAGGGAGCAAAGAUUGGUGCGGGAUCGGUGGUGCUCAUUGAUGUGCCACCACGGACGACUGCGGUGGGCAAUCCAGCAAGGUUAGUGGGAGGGAAGGAGAAGCCAUCACAGCUCGAGGAUAUUCCUGGAGAAUCCAUGGAUCAUACUUCUUUCAUCUCCCAAUGGUCAGAUUACAUAAUUUGAAAGUAUUUUAUAAGAUUCAGUGUUUUAUACUUGCAUCUCCGGCAUCUCAGCCGUGGAUUCUAGUUUCCAUUCUGCCAUGAUUAUAGCUGUAACCAUUGGAAUAGGAUAAAUCGACCACUCUUUUUGUUUCCCUUCUAGUAUAUUUACACACUCUUCUGCCACUAAAUCAUGUGCUGUAAGCAGACACAUCUUUCAACUUACUGGUUCCGUUUUAGGGGAGAAAGACCAUCUUGUACGACUCGUCGUUCUUUUUAGUAUGUUUCUUCGGUCCCUUCUUGUAUCGUUUUCGUUUAUUGAGCAAUACUUAUGUAUGUUUUAGCUGA